AUGUCGUCCACCGAGAACCACAGGUCGCUCAUCAUCUGGUUCGUCGUGCUCGUCGUGGUGGUGAUUGUCGGGUUCGCGGUCAUGGCCAAGACCGAUGUCAAGGGCAGGCCGGAUGCUGGCACAGGCAAGCCAUCAGCGCCGGACCCCAAGAAGAUGACGGAGAAGGCUGCGGCGAAGGGCUACAAGGUUCGAUUCCUCGACGCCGCCGAGCUGAAGAAGGUCGAGCAUCACGACGAUUGCAUCGUCAUGUACUACGCGGACUGGUGUGGAUACUGCAAGCAGGCUCUACCGGCCUUCCUCGAAGCGUCGCGUGUUCCGGGCGGCACGGUGAUGUACGCCGGCAACCUUCGCAAGGGACACCCCGUCAGUAAUUUCCCGACCGUGGUACGGCACUACACCGAUGGCAGGGCCCGCGAGUUCCACAAGGGUCCACGCACGCCCUCCAGCUACGCUAGCUUCGCGACCACACACUAA